AAGUUGAACAGAAAGCUGGCUGCUUGCCCAGCUCCCCAUCCUCCCGCCACAGAUAAAACAUGCUUCAGGCCAAGCAGCCCACACCACCAUGUCCAGUUUCAUGGGAGAGCUCUAUCUCUAUCAAGUACUGCUAAGCUUGGUGUGGUGACCUUGUGCUUGGAACACGGAUGUCAUCUUACGGAGCGUAUCUUUAGUUCUUUUUGUAAAUCAGCAAGAAGCCACCCACUGCCCCCAGCAGCAAGGACUCCCUCCUGCCAAUCCUGCUAGGCCGCCUUUGGGACAGUCUCACCCUCAGUCACCGUGUCCCGGAGCUGGAACUCAGACCAUCUAGCCGAGAUGCCUUCUAUGGGUCUGGUGAUGGAGAACGGCCAGGUGCUCCCGGCCUUCCUGCUCUGUAGCACACUGCUGGUCAUCAAGAUGUACGUGGUGGCUGUCAUCACAGGCUACACCAGGCUUCGGAAGAAGGCUUUUGCCAACCCCGAGGACGCCCUGAAACAUGGAGGCCUCCAGUACUACAGGAGUGAUCCAGAUGUGGAGCGCUGCCUCAGAGCCCACCGCAAUGACAUGGAGACUAUCUACCCCUUCCUCUUCCUGGGCUUCGUCUACUCCUUCCUGGGACCUGAGCCUUUGGUCGCCUGGAUACAUUUCCUUGUUGUCUUCGCAGGCCGUGUGGUGCACACGGUAGCCUACCUGGGCAAGUUGAACCCACGAGUCCGCUCUGGAGCCUAUGUCCUGGCCCAGUUUGCCUGUGUCUCCAUGGCUCUGCAGAUCCUCUGGAAAGUGACCCAUCAUCUGUGACCCAGUGGCCAAAGCCUCGUCGGCCAUCACACCGUGGACAGAAGCCACCAAGUUCAGCCAUCACACCGUGGACAGAAGCCACCAAGUUCAGCCAUCACACCGUGGACAGAAGCCACCAAGUUCAGCCAUCACACCGUGGACAGAAGCCACCAAGGCUGAACCUGGGGACUUGGUGUCCCUUCUAGAACAGGGAUGGGCUCUAGUCCUGGGUGUGUGUUUCUUAGCCUCUUGGGAUCUGGAUGAAGUGCCCAAUUAGAACCACUUACAGAUGAGUUGUCAAGAUUGACAGAGCAUCCUUGACCUCACAAAAGCCUUAAACACCACUCACACUCCCUCUUGCCCCUUAAAACUGAAAGGACAGCCAGGCGGUACACACCUUUGAUCCCAGCACUCAGGAGGCAGAGGUGGGUGGAUCUCUGUGAGUUCGAGACCAGCCUGGUCUACAACAGCUAGUUCCAGGAUGGCCUCCAAAGCCACAGAGAAAAACCCUGUCUCAAACAAACAAGAACCAAUCAAGCAACCAACUGAAAGGACAGGGGGUUCUCCAACAUAGCAUUCCAUCCAGGGCUAAAGGUGAAGGCUUCUGGGCCAGCCCAAGGAGAGACACCAGGAAAUCUUCACAAAAGGCCCGGUGAUGGCCAGCUCCCUCAGGCAUUGGAGUUAGGGGACUUGCUGCACAUCCCUGUUGCCACCCUCCUGUCCUUUGUUCCAAGUGCCUUAGUUAGUACAGGCUCAGUAAUGGGAGUUGCUCUCAGUGAGCUCUGCCUGCCUGGUCAAGGUCCUAGCUCCCCAAAGACCAUCAGUCAGGGUGGGCUUUGUCUGACCAACUACUGAAAGAGAGCUUUGGGCUUCUUCAGUGUCUGUGACGUUUGAAGAUACCAAAUGUCCAUCUGAGUGUGUGUGUGUGUGUGUGUGUGUGUGUGUGUGGAGUCUCCCUCCAGAGUCCUCCUGAAACCUGUUCAGGGUUAGUCAUUAAACAGCAAUGUAUGAUGACCUGUGAA